AUGAAUUCAACCACUGUUACUCUAUCAGUUUAUCUUGCCAAUGUUCAAACACAGAUCGUUCGAUCACUCCUCACGUCUAUCUACAUCAUCGGCAACUUAACAAACCUAGCAAAUAUUCUCAUCUUCUCUCAAGCCACUCUUCGCUCGCACGUUUGUUCCUAUUAUUUCAUUAGUCUAUCACUUGCACACCUUUUAUAUCUCAACAUGGGAUGUUCAACACGGAUCAUUUGGGCAUGGACUGACUAUGAUCUUUCUCUCAAAUCCUUAGCUUUCUGUAAGGCUCGAAUUUAUUUUGUUUUGGUAGGCUUAACCACUGCUCGUUAUCUUCUUUGUCUGAUCUCGAUUGAUCGAUGGAUGAUCACAUCAAGAAAUGCACUCACUCGACGACUGAGUUCGCGAAAAGUUGCUCGACGACUAAUUAUUGGGGGUAUCAUCUGUUUACUUUUCAUCAUUAUACACACAUCUUUUGCUUACACCAUAAUCAGAAAUACAACAUGUGCAGUACCAACCGAAUCGGGUUUUUUUAUACCCACUACUAUUUAUAAUGUUGCUUUAUCUCUUGUUCCUCUCAUAAUCCUUGUUAUAUUUAGUCUUCUCAUGCUUUACAACAUUCACCAUGUUGAAAAACAACAAAUUACUCCCGCAGAACGAUCUAUGGUGACAAAUGUUGCCUCAUUUCAUGGACGGCGAUACAAAAAGAAAGACAUUCAGUUUAUUCGACUUACACUUCUUCAAGUGACUGCGUAUUUCGUCUUCAAUACACUUCUCGCGUAUAACACGAUCUAUACCGUUGCCACACAGUAUCAUACAAAAACAAUAGAUCGACAAGCUCUAGAUGACUUCUUGUAUGGGCUAGGUUUGAAUCUUCAUUAUACAUACACAGGAGUAAAGUUUCUAACGAGAAUAAUACGAUUCAUUUGA